AUGUCGAAUAACAGCGCAAAUAGUAGCAAUUUAGUAAUCGCUCAGAAGACCGUCAAACAACUGCGCCUAGAGGCCAGUGUUCGUCGAAUCAAGGUAUCCCAAGCAGCAUCCGACCUGAAGACAUUCUGUCUGCAGAACGCUCACAAAGACCCUCUCCUUAUGGGGGUUCCUUCCAGCGACAACCCCUUCAGACCUCCCAAAUCCUGCGCCCUCUUCUGAGGGAAUGCUGCUGGUUAUAGAGAAGCUCACCCUCAAACAUUCCCCAAGACACUCUGGCUUCAGCUUCUCUCUGUGCCCCUUUUUACACUACCUUACCAUGUCCAGACACUGAAGGUCACAAGGCCAGAACAACACAGUCAGCUGUGACACACUACACCCUGUCAUACCAAGUAAUUGUAGGCUGACCUGAACUCGGUUAACUAUACUUUUUCCCAAAAACUCCAGAUCAUGGUAAUGCUGAAUGAUGAAUGAGUCAAUUGUAUUACAGAUACAUUUUGGGACAGAGCAAUGACUAAUGCAUUUACUGUGCAAUAUGUCAAGAUAAUUUAAAACAAGCAACAGGGCUCAAUCUCAGGUUAGUUUCCACAUUGGUUUGAUGUUGCCCACUGUAGGAGAUAAGAUAUGAAGGAACAUGAUAUGAUUAUAUUUAUUGUUUGAACACAUGUGCCAUUGUUGUUUAAGGUCACUGAGAAGAUGAAUCAAUGGCUGCAGUCUGUGUUACUCAGUUGGUGCAUCUUCUACAAAUUGUGAUAUGUAUUAUGAUACAUAAGUCCAUGUUGUCUCUGGUCCUUUCACGCCCUUGCUGUUAAACUUUGGUGCAAUUCAAUGUUGUGUCAAACAGUUAUAACCAACUGUCCAAUCAAAAUGCUUUUUUUUGUCCUUCAACAUUACUCUGAAGUAUUUUUUCAUGAUCAUCACUGACAUGUAGCUGGCCCUUUGAAAGAAAAGUUAUAAUCUCACAAUUUAAUGCUUUCAGUAUUGUUAAUCGUUGUAGGUGGUAGUUUGACAACAAAAUAACAGCAUAAACUUUAGCUUUUUUUUAUUUUAUCUGCCCACUAUUUAUAUGGCACUACAGAUUAAUUAAAGUACUUCCACAAAGCCAGAAAAGACGGUAUGUUAAAGACGUAUUUUUGAAAAUAAUUAUUAGAAUUUAUUGUUUAAAAUGGUGAACAAUCGGGUUAUUGGAUGCAAAAUGCAUGGGUUUUCAAUAAUUGUUUCAAUCUCUAGUUGAAUAAUUGAUUAAAUGUAUUUGACCAUUA